AUGUGUUCUAGUGGUUGGAUUAGGGCUCAUGCAACGUUUUAUGGUGUUAAUGAUAGCCCUGCUUCACUCGGAGGAGCUUGUGGAUAUGACAAUCCGUUCCACGCUGGAUUCGGAGCUCACACGGCGGCGCUAAGCGGUGCGCUAUUUAGAAGCGGCGAGUCAUGCGGUGGGUGUUACCAAGUGAGGUGCGACUAUCGGGCAGAUCCUAAGUGGUGUCUACGAGGAGCAGCCGUGACGGUGACGGCUACAAACUUCUGUCCGUCGAACAACAAUGGAGGUUGGUGCAAUCUCCCUCGCCACCACUUCGACAUGUCCAUGCCCGCUUUCUUCCGCAUCGCCCGCCGCGGCAACGAAGGCAUCGUCCCCGUCUUCUACCGCCGGGUGGGAUGCAAAAGAAGAGGAGGCGUGAGGUUCACUAUGAGAGGGCAAGGGAACUUUAAUAUGGUAAUUCUCUCAAACGUUGGCGGCGGCGGCACGGUGAAAGCGGUUGCGGUGAGAGGCUCAAGGGGAAAGACUUGGCUUCAGAUGACUCGUAAUUGGGGUGCCAACUGGCAGAGCUCCGGCGAUCUCAGGGGACAGCGACUCUCCUUCAGAGUUACUCUUCUUGACCGCAAAACGCUGACGUUUCUAAACGUUGUUCCUUCUUCUUGGUGGUUCGGCCAAACCUUCUCUUCUCGAGGCCAAUUCUUGUGA